CUGCGGCCGCUCUUGGGCCGACCGGGCGCGCCUCCCUCGGCCUGUCCACGCCGCCUGCGCUCCAGGAGGCCCUCGGCAGCUACCGCGUGGGGCGCGCGGGGCUGCGGCUACGGCUUUGCGCUCCGUGGCCUGCGCGCACCGAUGCCCAGGCUGCACGACCACCUCUGGAGCUGCGCCGGCGCCCCGACGCACCUGAGCCCCCCGCGAGCCCGGGCCGCCGAGGUGGAAGGCAUGAUCGCCGCGGCCCGGCGCCUGCAGACCCCCGCGGCCCCCGACCCCGCGCUCCGCGGCCCCCGAGGGGGUGCAGCGGGGUGCGGCGCGCGCCCCGGCAGCUGGCAUCACCACCUGGUGCAGCGGAGCCUGGUGCUCUUCUCCGUCGGCGUGGUCCUGGCCCUGGUGCUCAACCUGCUGCAGAUCCAGCGGAAUGUCACCCUCUUCCCGGAUGAGGUGAUCGCUACCAUCUUCUCCUCCGCCUGGUGGGUGCCCCCUUGCUGUGGCACGGCAGCUGCUGUUGUUGGCUUACUGUACCCCUGUAUUGACAGUCACCUGGGAGAACCCCACAAGUUCAAGAGAGAGUGGGCCAGUGUCAUGCGCUGUAUCGCAGUGUUUGUCGGCAUCAACCAUGCCAGUGCUAAAUUGGAUUUUGCCAAUAACGUUCAGCUGUCCUUGACUUUAGCGGCCCUGUCUUUGGGUCUGUGGUGGACAUUUGAUCGCUCUCGAAGCGGUCUUGGGCUUGGGAUCACCAUCGCCUUCCUAGCCACGCUGAUCACCCAGUUCCUUGUGUAUAAUGGUGUCUAUCAGUAUACAUCCCCAGAUUUCCUCUAUAUUCGUUCCUGGCUCCCAUGUAUAUUCUUCUCAGGAGGCGUCACAGUGGGGAACAUAGGACGGCAGUUAGCUAUGCUGACACCCAUUCAUGGGAAGUUGAACUUGAAGACCACUUGGCUGUUUCACAAAAGUAGAAGUCAUUUCUGAAGGACGGAACUCACAAAGUAGUCCAUUGGUUUCUGAGUCUGAAGUGUCUUCUCCUGCCAACCAAAAUUAAUACACUGACAAAACUUCCCGUCUCCUGACAGAAACAGAAAGCUUUGCUUUCUUUGGUAUUAAAAGCCGGACAUGGUAGUGCAUGCUUGUGAUCCUAGCACUGAGAAGACUAAGGUGGCAGGCUCUCGAGUAAGGCUAGCCCAGGCUACUUCAUAAGGCCUUGUCUCAAAACUUAACAAAACAAACCAAAGAAAUCUGCCUCACAUGGAAAUGCGAUGCUUUCUCCACACACCGCAGUUCCCCGCAGAGCCGACCAUGUUAGUGAUCAGUGGAAGUGAGCGAGCUGAGGCUGGUGCUUGAGAUGUGUUUCAGCUCUUGGGGACGAAUCAUUCAGACUCUUAUUAAAGAGUAAAUUGGCCCUCGCAGGCUGACAAGUCUAAAAAGUGUUUGGAGCUAUGACCUGGGGUUGACCUGUGGAAUCCUUCACACUGUGGCUUCUGCGGCACCCACAAGGUCUACAUACCUAGGAACAGUUAGAAGGGGACACUAAAAACCAAGCAAAGCUAGGUCUUGAAGACUGUCUCCCAGGGCCCUUGCCACCCUCCUGUGUGUGUUUGAUGUUCAGUUCUUUCAAGCACUGUUGUUCUUGACUGUCGUUCCCGGGAACUUGAAAGGAGACGUGACUUCUUGCAUGCCCUGUAAUGCCAAAGUUGGCUUUGCUAGAGUUCAGUGUUCUGUGGUUUCUUGCAUGUGCUAUUUGUUUUCUCUACAUGUCUUUGUUCUGUGAGUCUACAAUGAAGCGUGUCAUCAGCCUGUGUGUUUAGAGGGAGACAUUUCUAGAACCUGCAGUUGUUGAUGUUUGCAUUCAAAGGCCUUCUCUCAAGGAGUAAGUUUUCGCAGUACAAACAGCAGCUGAUUAAAGUGUGAGUGUCUGGCCUUGCCCCUGGGGUCCUGGCUGUGGAGCCAGCCUCUGCUGCUAGGUCCACUUGCACCUCGUCUGAACAGUCAGACCACUGGGGACAGCCUUGGCUCUGCCAGCAGAGCUGACACUGGCUGCUGUCCGUGAGGCCUUGUGUUGAACAUGUCUGUUCAGAUAUGAUACUGGAGCUCUCAUAACUCAGGUGUGAGCUGUGAUUAGCCUGGUUUUAUAGAGAACUUGAUGCUUAGGCAAUUCAAACAGCUUAUCCAAGUGGGUCGAGUUUGAACCUUGUUUCUCACACUAUACUGCCCUUUACAUACAGCACAUGUCUGUCAUCAGUCCUCCAAACAGGUAUAAAAUAAUCUGUUGGUGUCCUGGGUGCAGUCUUACCACUUAGAACACAUUGCAUAGCCAGCCCUGGUGGAAGGUCAGGUGGCCGUGUUACAGUCUGUCUUGGCUCUUUUGUCUUACACUGGUAUAGACCUGACUAGUCUCCUGAAGAUCAUACAUUCUAAAAUUUUGCUUUAUAGUGCACUGGUACAGGUAAUAAAAUCUGAUGACUUGAUUUUCUUUCCAAGUGACGGUAAUAGUAUCAUCCAGGCCUGGUGGCUCAUGCGUUUAAUCCCAGUACUCAGGAGACAGAGGCAGGUGGAUCUCUAUGAGUUCAAAGCCAGCCUAGUCUACAUAACGAGCUCUAGAUUAGCCAGGGCUACAUGGUGAGAAAACAAAGCAUGCCAUUUGUUUUUUCUGUUUGGAGCCUUCCCUCUUGUUUGUGUGAAAUGGGUCAUAACACUUUGGAAUUGUCAGAACGAAGGGGGAGUAUGCUUUCUAGAAGGUCUUCAGUGGCUUCACA